AUGAAAUGGAAAAUGGGAAAUACCAACAGAGAGUGGCUAGGUUUCUUCAAAGUUGGACAAGAGAUGACCUAUGGUUCUGUCGACUGGAAAGAAGGAUGGUACAUUGAUUGCCAAAAAGAAGGAGAUAUUAAACCAGCCAUUGGUGUUCCACUUUUCCCAACUGCCGAACAAGAAUUGGAAAACGACAUCCAAGGUUUCAAAGAUAUCAUUGAAACUUACAUCAAGAGAGUAUCUGCCCUCGCCCAAGAUAUCAUGGAAGCUAUGGCUCUAAGUUUAAAUUUACCAAGAGAUUUCUUCUUUAAAAAGUAUACGUACGACCCAUUUACCCAAAUGGCAAUGCUGCAUUAUCCUUCGUUCCACAAAGAUAAGAAUAUUAGUAAUCCAGAUGAUAGUUCUAAAAUUGAGAAAUUUGGAACUGGACCUCAUACCGAUCAAGGAUUUUUAACUAUUUUACACCAAGAUAAUGUCGGUGGUCUUCAAGUUCAAUUAAAAGAUAAACCAGGUCACUAUAUUGAUGCGCCACCUAUUCCUGGCACCUUUAUUUGUAAUCUUGGUGAUAUGCUCGAUAAAUCUACCAAUGGAUACUAUCUCUCGAAUGUACAUCGUGUUAAAUACAAUAUGACCGGUCGUGAUCGUUAUUCUUUUGCCUUCUUUUUCGAUCCAAACCUGGAUUCAGUACCAGAGUUGAUUCCAUCGGAAUUUGUAAAACAAGGAGAAAAACCAGAAAGAUGGGACAAACAAAAUAUUCAUGAAGGUUUCAGUGGAACCUACGGUGAUUAUUUCAUGGCCAAGAUUGGUCGUAUUUUCCCAGAUUAUGUAUAUAAAUCAACUGGAAAAUUAACAUAA